AUGCGUCCUGAUGAGAUCUUCAGGUUGUCACGAGCGCGUAGGAUUUCGCGAAUCUCAAUUUGGAUGUCGUUUGACUAUCGAACGGAUUUCGCAUUUUGUGCGUUAUCCAGGAAUUCGCGGAUCAUGAAUCGGAGCCCCGGAUGUUCCGAUUCAAUAAUUCAUAGUUUAUGGGUUAGCGAUAACCGGCCAAUUGGUUCGUAUCUCGAAAUAGGUGCUCCGGUCGAUCAUACUCAGCAGGCAGGACCCUCUCAGGGUUGGGCAGCUUGGGGUUACUUGUUAGUGGACUUUGUUUUCAAGCAUACGCAUGGCUUCCCACACGUGUCGUUGGCAGUGCCGGUGUGUGGGAAGAACAUGGGAUUAUGGGUCUUACACGUGCCGUUGGCAGUGCCGGCGUGUGAGACACUUCCCAUAUGUGUCGUUGGCAGUGCUGGCGUAUGGGAAGAGUAUGUAUAUUGCUUGGAAUCAUCACACAUGUCGUUGGCAGUGCCAGUGUAUAAUGGUGUGAACGUCUCGGUUUUUAGUAAGUGGGCCCAGCAUCGGGAUGAUGACGGCAAAAAGACGGGAUUCGACCUGGAUUCAGGGGGAUUCCGGGGCGGGUCCUGUCAGCUUGGUAUCAAAGCGUUAGAAUCAUGUCAGCUCGCAGAGCAAGAACUAGAGGUCGUGGCCAGAGAUGGGCGCUAA